AUAAAAAGAUUUAUUAAAUUAAAAAAGACAAAAUAACAAAAUCUCAUAUAUCUAAAAUCUUAAAGUUGAGUUAUAAAUCCACAUAAAGUUUUCCAAUUGUUCAGUGCUGUUUAGUCUUUCGCGGCUCUACUCAGCCACAAGAGUUAUAAGCUGAAAAAUUAUAAAAUUAAAUGAACCACUUUUGAAUUUCCUGUUUUCGAAGUCUGGCAUAAUUUAUCUCGACCGCUCUCAAGGCCAACACGUGCUUUCCGCAUAUUUUGGUGCAUUCUUCUGUUAAUUGGUGCAAUAUUUUGAGAAUAGUGAAAAUUUAUAAACAAAUGGAGCCAGGUAUUUGUUAUAUCAAAGAAGAGUACCUGAUACCAGAGGUAAAAAGCAGUUCUACUGUGGUGGAGGCUGUUGAACAGGACAAUAAAAGAAAGUCGCCUGAUGAAAAUGCAACAAACAAUGGAAAGGCUCAGAAGUACCAGAAAACUAGUAAAAAAGAAAGGAAACGUGGCCAAAAUAAGAACCGGCCAGUUUUCAAGCAAGACAGUUCCCUGUUUUUGUGCCACUCACUAAUGAAUGGUCCCGAUCAGGAAAAGUGCACACAUCAAAAUUGCCGGUAUGUACAUAAUUUAUCUGAGUACUUGGCAUCCAAACCCGAAGAUUUGGGUUCAAAAUGUCCCGUAUUUGAUGCUGUAGGCUUUUGUACCCGCGGUGUCACUUGCCGUUUUGCCAAAGCUCAUUUGGAUGCAGAAGGACGAAACAUCAAGGCGGCAAAAUAUAACGAGAGCAAAGCGCGUACUAGCUUAAAUGGAAUUACGACAGAGCUGCAAGUGCGUCUGCGUAAACGUGACUAUGAUUUCACGCGCAGCAAGCAGUUGGUAGCACAAGCUGACAAAAUACGCGAUGAAAGAAAAAAGGAAGUAGAAAAUGCAGCGCAGAAAACGGAUGUCGAGGAAGCUGUAGCCGAAAAAGAAACUGCAGCAGUGGCAAACGCUUCUGAAGAGGUACCCAUCAACACAGACAAACCAGUAGGCGCCGUAGUAGAUGAUGUAGAGACACCCGGUCCAGAUGUAAUGAAACCACCUGUCGAUUUUGUUGAUAAACUAAUACUUUCUCCAUUAACCACUGUUGGUAACUUGCCUUUCCGACGCAUAUGUAAAGAAUUUGGUGCAGAUAUUACUUGUGGUGAAAUGGCUUGUGCUGUACCAAUAGUUAAGGGACUCACGCAGGAGUGGGCGCUAACAAAGCGACACUCCAGCGAGGAUGUAUUUGGCGUACAAUUGUGUGGCAAUAAUCCGAAUAUUAUAGCGCAAGCAGCACAGUUGUUGCAAGAGACUACAAGCAUUGAUUACAUCGAUCUAAAUAUUGGUUGUCCUAUUGAGCUGAUAUAUCAGCAUGGCGGUGGUAGUGCACUUAUGCGGCGCACAAAUAUACUAGAGACAAUUGUGCGUUCCUGCUCGUCUCUAUCGCCGCAAAUACCAUUCACUGUAAAAAUGCGUACUGGUGUGUAUGCGGAUAAAAGUGUGGCGCACGAGUUAGUGCCGUUGGUGGAGGAGUGGGGGGCAAGUGCUGUGACGUUGCAUGGACGUUCACGCGAACAACGGUACACGAAGAGUGCCAACUGGCAGUAUAUAGAAGAGUGUGCAGCUAAAGCACAGCGUAUGCCGAUAAUUGGGAAUGGCGAUAUUCUAAAUUUUGAAGAUUUUAAUGAGAAGAGGAAAAUUGCACCACACGUCUCCUCGAUAAUGAUUGGGCGCGGCGCGCUUAUUAAGCCGUGGAUCUUUAAGGAGAUUAAAGAACAAAAACCAUGGAAUCCCACAUCUGCAGAACGCUUCGAAAUCCUGCGUACUUAUGUCAACUACGGCUUAGAGCACUGGGGCUCCGACACGAAAGGUGUAGAGAAUACCCGGCGCUUCUUGCUGGAAUGGCAAUCAUUCCUCUAUCGCUACAUACCUUAUGAGCUCUUAGCACAUCCACCACAACAGAUUAAUCAACGUCCACAAAAAUUUCGAGGACGAGAUGAAAUGGAAACUUUGAUGAGUUCGCCAAAUUCUGCUGAUUGGGUACGUUUGAGUGAGAUGCUGUUAGGUCCAGUACCAGAGAGCUUUGAAUUUGUGCCAAAACAUAAAGCGAAUGCUUAUUAAUAUUAAAUUGAAAUACUGGGUAUGAAACGUUGUAGUUAAAGAAGCAAAUUUUUACUAACAAGUAAAAAAUACUAGUUAUAUUAAUUUUGACAUCAACGCUUUUGCAUAAUACAUGUCUUUGUAUAAAUGUGCAGAUAAAAAUAUGUUUAAAAUAGAAAAAAGGUUACACAUCAAU